AUAAGCAAGGCAUUGUGCCGUGUGUUCCACUUCAGCUAACUGCUCUGUUUCUUUAAGUCCACAAAACAAAAAAAUGAAUGAGUGGUAGGUAAAUAAGGACACCUAUAAUACAACUCUCUCUCUCUCUCUAAAAAUUUAUUUGUGUUGAGUAUGGAUUCUAUACUCUGUGAUGAACUUCUCCAAGAAAUAUUCCGCCGCCUUCCUCCGCCGUCUGCCGCCUCUGUUUCUUUAGUGUGUAAGCGGUGGCUUCAUCUUCUUCGUUCUUCAACUACUUCUCUUUCUAUCUGUUUUAUUGAAACCCCUUUAAUCCCUCUUUUCUCAUCUUUUCUCUGUUUUCAUCCUUUUUUAUCUACUCUUUCUGUUACCAUUACACAUACACUAGAUUCCUCUGAUCAAUUGCUUAAUUCCGUUGCUUCUUCUUGCCCUAAUCUACGACAUCUCCGAUUCUUGAAUGGCUCUGUUUCUACUUUAUCUCUGUUUUCUCUUUCUGUUUCUUGCCCUAAUCUUGUUUCUCUUGCUCUAACUCUUUUUAGACCCCUUUCUUUUCUCUGGGUAACCCCUUUUGGCAGUCUUAAAGAACUCUCUAUUUACUCAGCUGGAAAUUCAGGGGAAUUUGAUUAUGGUGAGUUUUAUGGUUCUUGUGAGUUGAAUUUGGAGAGUCUUUUGUUGACUGGAAUUAAAUCAGGGGAUAAGGGGGUUGGUUUUUUAUGGAGGAAUUGCAAAAAGAUAACAACUUUGAAGCUGAUAAGCUGUGAAGGGGUUGGUGAUCAAGGUUCUUUUUUAACAUUUCUUCAGUGUUUAGAGGGUCUUCAAGAAUUGGAAUUGAGAACUUGUAGGACAAUUGCUGAUGGGGUUUUGUUGAAAUUGGGUGAAAAUUGUGCUAUGUUGAAUUCUUUGUUGCUCUAUGAUGGUGGUAGUAAAGACGGGUUAUUUCAUUUCUUGACCCAAAGCAAAUGUGGUAAUUUGCAGAAUCUUGAUUUAAGGUUGCCUCUUGAUCUUGAUAACAAUCACUUGAAAGCUGCUGCUGAAAAUUUAGGGAGUUUGAGGAGUUUAAGGUUACAAAGUUGCUGUCUUGUUACUGGUGAGGGGCUAAAGAUUCUUGGAAAUGCUAUGGCUGAUGGGCUUGAAGAAUUGGCUUUGAUAAAUUGUGAUGUAGUGGAAAGAGAAUCAGGUUUGUUGACUACAUUAGGACAAGAUUUGAAAAGAUUAAGGAAAUUGGACUUGUCUUUUAAUGACAUGUUACUUGAUAAAGAACUUAUAUCGAUGCUAGUAUCCUGCAACAAUUUGAAUGAAUUGAAGGUAAGGGGUUGCAAAAAAUUGACAAAUUUAUCUAUGGUUUCAUUGGCUAAGUGUUGCAAGAAAUUACAGAGUGUUGAUGCAAUGUAUUGUUGUGGGAUUGAGGCACAGGGUGUUGAGUUAUUUGUGUUGAAUUCACCAAAGUUGAGACUGUUACAGGUUGAGGAAAAUAAGGUUUCUGAUGUGGCUAAGAGAUGGGCAUCAAAUAAAUUCAUUGAAGUUGUUGGUUGAUAAUAAUAAGGUUUUUAUUGUUCAUAACAAAUGCUGAUUACUUGUUUGUAUAUAUUUAUCACAUUGUUAGCAGAGAGGAAUCAUGUCUCCCCUGCCAAAAAAAAUUAAAUAAAUGAAACUGUUGUACAGAACAUCACAACUAAGAUGCUUGCUUAUUUUGCUGUUUAUGGAAUCACAAGUAUUAGGAUGCAGUAGUAGUGCAGUUGAAUUUAAGUAGUUUGCACUUUACUUGUGUGUUCCAUUAAGUAUCAAAGAGAUAUCAUUAUUCUUCCAUUAACAUAUUGGUUCCUUCUCUUUAAUUUUAUUUUUAAGUUAUGCGGAAAUUAAUACAUGCAUAACAUAAAUAGAUUUGAUAUGCUUAUUGUAGGUAGUUCUUAUUCAAGUGUUUGAUCGAUAAUACUAAUGCAUAUUGGUUAAAAUUAUUUACUUGUAUAGAGUUCAUCAUUUUUCAAACAGUUCCCAUUGCACUCACACCCCAAAAGUUAGCUCAAAGGGAGGAGGAUUGCCCAAGCCUUAUAAGGAGUCCAUUCAUCUCAUUAACCAUUCUGAAGCUUACAUCAGUCGACUAUGAUGGUUUUAUAACUAAUAAGGAAGCAGGUUCUAAGGAUGAAGAUACACUACUUGCUGAUCCUACUCAAUAUCAAUGGCUAGUAGGAUGAUUGUUAUAUCUCACUAUGACUAGAAUUGACAUUGCAUAUGUAGUGCAAGUGCUAAGUCAAUUCAUGCAUAGUCCCAAACAAUCUCACAUGAAUGCUACCUUAAGAGUAGUGAAAUAUAUAAAGAAUGCACCAGGUUUUGGUCUUCUUACCCUCUGACAGCUCAGGAAAGUUUGAGGCAUAUUGUGACUCUGACUGGGGUGGUUGCUUGCAGACUAGGAGGUCAGUCACAGGGUACUCGGUAAAGUUUGGCAAUGCUGUAAUGUCCUGGAAGUCAAAAAAAAAAAGGAAACAGAAGCUAGAAGCUCUGCUGAAGCAGAGUUUAGAAGUAUGGCCGUGGUGAACUGGUUGAUUGGUUUGUAUAAGGAGCUGAGGAUCAGUGUUGAGGUUCCCAUACACCUUUAUUGCGACAGCAAAGCUGCUAUUCACAUUGCAGCCAAUCCCAUCUUUCAUGAAAGAACUAAGCACAUUUACAUUGAAUGUCAUUUUGUGCGAGACAAGAUUAUACAAGGUAUCAUCAAGACUCGUUAUGUUUCCACUAAGGAGCAGCAGGCUGAUCUAUUAACCAAGAGUCUUGGCAGGCAACAACAUAAACACUUAAUGACCAAACUGAGUUUGAAGGAUGUAUUCAAAUCAUCAGUUUGAGGGAGGAUGUUGAAUAGAAGAUAUUUUCAGUAAUUAGUAUGUUUAGCUAAUUGUAUUCUGUUAGAACUGUCAGUUAGUUACACUGUGAGAUUAUGCUGAAUAAUACUCAAACAUUUUAUUUCAUUCUGUUCUCUUCUUCUCUCAUUACCUUGAAGGUUCUCAUAUGGUGAAGAUCAAGGAACUUCACAGUUCGGAUAUACUCAAAGAAAGUUCAUACUUAGACUGAAGAAAGCUAGAAGCAGGAAUAGGAGAGGCAUUUUCGUUUACAAAUGUCAAUCUUUCAGAAGGUGUCUCAUGCAUCAUACUAUUCCAUCACUUUGCCAGAAACAUUUGAACUUGAUGCCUUUGAUCUUGACCUGAAUAGCUGAUCUUGCGUAAGAUUGUUUUAGUUGUCAUCUAGAGUCUGUAUGUAGUCAUAUGUGCAUUUUGAUUUCCAGGUUUGAGGAUACUCAUAUUAAAAGUCGCAAAGAGAUAACUUUGGAAGGUUAGGUAUGUACUACUAUUCAGUUUUUCACUUAAUUUCCUGUUAUAAUACCUUUUUCUGUUUCAUUUUCAUUAGUAAUGAUACUUUUUUCAUGUAGCUAGAUCAAAUACUAACGCGUGAAGAUCAGUAUGUAGCUAUUUUGAUUGAUGAGAGGUGGAUCAGGUUCAUCUUUUGCUUUAUAUUUGCAGGGAAUUCUAGAUUUAUUCACGUAUACUAUAACAACAUUUUGAGUUCGUUUUUACAGGACAUACGGAAGAGUUUGUCAAAAUUGGGUGAAGUUUCUGAAUUAGGCUCCAUGCCUGUGGAGACAGAGUAAUAAUCUAAUUGACUGUAGAUGUAGAUUUUUUUUCUAAUUAUUUCCAAGAUUUGAAUGUGUCUUUUUUACUCAAUGUCAAACUUCUUCCCCUAAGAAUCACACAGCACUAAAUCAAGGAACUGUUCGUGAUGACAUUCCUCAAGAUAUUCCAGAAAUUGAAAUCAUGCGCGAUCCUGUCCAUGAGAGUGUUCCCUUAUGACCAGACCACCGUAAUGAUGUGAUAGAAAUAUGGAGGAACAGAUCAUGGAAACUGCGAGAUGGAAGCCUCUCGAGGACACAUUCUUUCCUCUUUGAUCAUACAGAAAGGUAACUAGAGAUGCAUGUAGAAAAGAUACCAGUGAAUUGCAAUGCCAGGAAAAGAAGGAUCAUGUCUCUUUGGUCACACGGAAACAAAACAAGAGACAUAGAAAAUGUGGAUUAUGUGAUGAUCUCAGCAACAUCUACAAGGAAGACUUCAUUUCAGCAAAAGUCAAGAUGGCUUCCUCACAAAGGAUCAUGCUUUGAUGCGAGUGAAUGCUUAUGAAGAGUUUUAUUAAAUUGUUAAGCCAAAAAUGACAUUUAAACUUAAUUUACCUGUUUUUCAUCUGAUGAAUUGCUAAAUACUGAUGCAGGAUCUAGACGACACUCCCUAUUGGUGAGCUAAGAACCUCUAUUCCGAUAGUGUUGGUCAAUUCAAUCUUCUAUGGUAAAAUUUUAUGAUUUUGUUGAUAUAAAUCAUAUGCUAAAGCAAGCAGGAUUUCGAGGUACUCCUGAAGUUGGAAUGCCAGAGUUUGAGACAUUGCCUAUUAGAACAAGGUAGCACCCAGUAAAAAUUAUUUUCGUAAAAUUGCUAAGAUGCUCGGCCUCUCCAAAUGUCUGAUCCUUCAAAAAAUACACUCUUUGACAUGCAACUGGCCGCAUUUUUUAUGAAUCCAAGCAACGUAAUCUGGAUGUCUUCUAAUAUUAGUUAUCUGUGGGUGUGAUUGAGUUAAGAAAAAAAGUGUAUAUAUACUUUUUAUCAUUUUUCAGUUGCUCCAAUGAUCAUAAUAUGUAUCUAUUGUAUGAGGAAUUAUUUCAUCGGUUCCUUAAUAUAUACUUGUUGUAUGAUCCUUUUUGGAAA